GACCAACGACUGUGCAGCGAUGAGCAUCAAGUUCAAUGUGAAUGGCUUUCCGUACGAGGUGCAGGCGGCUGACUAUGCACCGGACACCACCCUCAACGCCUUUCUCCGGGAGCACCUGCACCUGACGGCCACCAAGUACAUGUGCCUGGAGGGCGGCUGCGGCUCCUGCGUCUGCGUCAUCCGCAGGCGCCACCCGGUCACCCAGGAGGUUCAGUCCCGGGCAGCCAACUCGUGCCUGACUCUUCUGAACACCUGCGACGAUGCGGAGAUCAUGACGGACGAGGGCCUGGGCAACCAGCAGAGUGGCUACCAUCCCAUUCAAAAGCGGCUGGCUCAGAUGAAUGGCACCCAGUGUGGCUACUGCUCGCCCGGAUUCGUGAUGAACAUGUACGGUUUGCUGGAGCAGCAUCGCGGACAGGUGAGCAUGUCGCAGGUGGAGGACGCGUUCGGCGGAAACAUCUGCCGCUGCACCGGCUAUCGACCCAUUCUGGACGCCAUGAAGUCCUUCGCGGUGGACAGCAACAUAGAGGUGCCGCCGGAAUGUGUGGACAUCGAGGACUCCUUCGAGCUGCUCUGCCCGCGAACUGGGCAAUCCUGCAGGGGCAGCUGCUCGAGACCUCCUGUACGGGAUCAAGGAGGUAGUCACUGGUACUGGCCAAAGUCCCUGACGGAGCUCUUCGGGUCCCUCGGUCAGGUGGCAAGCGGAGAACUCUACAUGCUGGUGGCCGGGAACACCGCCCAUGGAGUUUACCGGCGACCCAGGGACAUCCGACACUUCAUCGAUGUGAACAUGGUGCCGGAGCUGAGGCAGUACAUCAUUGAGACGGAUCACCUGCUGCUGGGCGGGAAUGUCACUCUCACAGAUGCCAUGCAGGUUUUCCUGCUGGCUGCCAAGAGGCCCGGAUUCGAGUAUUGUGCCCAGUUGUGGCAGCACUUCAACCUGAUUGCCAAUGUGCCGGUGCGAAAUAAUGGCACACUGGCGGGCAACAUUACUAUCAAGAAGCAGCAUUUUGAAUUUCCCUCCGAUGUGUUUAUCACAUUUGAGGCUUUGGAUGUCCACGUCCUGGUCUACGACAAUCCCAGUACCCAAAGGGUGAUGAACCUGCUGUCGUAUCUCAGCGAUACAACCUCCAAACUAGUGCUUGGUGGUUUCAUCCUCAAAGCCUAUCCAAAGGACAGAUUCCUGUUCAGAUCUUAUAAGAUCCUGCCCAGAGCACAGAAUGUUCAUGCAUAUGUGAAUGCAGGCUUUCUCAUUGAAUGGCAGGAUAUUCAGCGCAGGAUCGUCCACUCCGCCCGUAUAUGUUUCGGCAACAUCCGUCCAGAUUACAUACACGAUGACCAACUGGAGCAACUGCUCCCUGGCAGGGAUCUGUACGAUCCCGCCACAGUUGCCCAGAUAUUUCAGCAACUUCCAGCUAGUCUGCAGCCGGAGGAGCGGCCACCGGAAGCCUCCCCGGAAUAUCGCCAGAUGCUAGCCUGCUCCUUGCUCUACAAGUUUUUGCUGGCCACCGCACCCAAGGAGCGGGUUCGGGAACGUUUUCGCACUGGAGGCUUGCUUCUGGAGAGACCACUUUCCUCGGGAAGCCAGUCCUUCGAGACCAUUAAGAAGAAUUAUCCGGUCACGCAGCCUGUACAGAAACUGGAAGGUCUCAUUCAGUGCUCGGGCGAGGCCACGUAUAUGAACGACUUACUGACCACCUCGAAUGCCGUCCAUUGUGCCUUUGUAACUGCUAAACGAGUUGGUGCCACCAUCGAGCAGAUAGAUCCUUCCGCUGCUCUCCAGUGCAAAGGCGUGGUGGCCUUCUAUUCGGCCAAGGAUAUCCCAGGUGCCAACAACUUUGUUCUGACGGAUCAGCUCACCCCUGAGGUUGACGAAGUCUUUGCUGCCGGGCGGGUCAAAUAUUUUGAUCAGCCGUUGGGAGUCAUCGCAGCUCUCACCCAUGAUGCGGCUGUCUAUGCCGCCACAUUGGUGGUGGUCACUUAUGCUCGGGAUCAGCGGAAGGUGUACACGACCAUGAACCAAGUGCUAGCGGAAAAGCAAACCGAUCGCAUUGUGAGCAAGAGCAGGGAUCCCGUGGAACCCCUGAAGAUGCCUCCUCUUGCACCUGGCGAUGUUCUCGGAAGGGGGAUCCUGGAACUCGAAUCACAAUAUCACUUUACCAUGGAACCCCAAACAACGAUCGUGGUGCCGUUGGAUGACAUUCUACAGGUAUACUGUGCCACCCAAUGGAUGAACUCCACCCAAGGAGCGAUCGCCCGCAUGCUGAGGGUUAGUGUGAACUCCAUUCAGCUCCAAGUUAGACGAGUGGGUGGGGCAUACGGCGCAAAGGUCACUAGGGGCAAUUUAGUGGCUUGCGCCACGGCCUUGGUUGCUUCGAAGCUGAGGAGACCUGCCAGAUUUGUUCAGACCAUAGAGUCCAUGAUGGAGACCCUGGGCAAACGAUGGGCCUGCAGAUCGGACUACGAGUUCCGAGCCCGAGCCAAUGGAUCUAUCAUCAUGUUGACUAAUAACUUCUAUGAGGAUGCCGGGUGUAAUCUAAAUGAAAACGUCGUUGACUUCCUGACUCUGCCAGUUCUGAGAAAUGUUUACAACCUGACUGACUCGAACUAUAGGACCCAAGGCAGUGCCAUCAGAACGGAUGCACCCAGCUCCACUUGGUGUCGAGCUCCCGGCACUGCGGAGGGAAUCGCCAUGACGGAAACCGCCUUGGAGCACAUAGCCUUUACAUGCCAGCUAGAUCCUGCCGAUGUUCGUUUGGUCAAUCUUCAGCCCGGAAAUAAAAUGGUGCAGCUGCUGCCGAAGUUUCUGGCCUCCACGGAGUACCGCAAGCGGCGGGACCAGGUUAACUUAUACAACUCCCAGAACCGAUGGCGCAAACGAGGUCUGGGAUUGGCCCUAAUGAGUUUCCCGCUGAACACGAUCGUGGCCUUCAACUAUCCCGUCACGGUGGCCAUCUAUCAGGAGGACGGUUCGGUGGUGAUCUCGCACGGAGGCAUAGAGAUUGGCCAAGGAGUGAACACCAAGGCGGCCCAGGUGGCAGCAUUCGUGCUGGGGGUUCCGUUGGAUCAGGUGAGAGUGGAGGCCAGCAAUACUGUCAGCGGAGCCAACUCCAUGCUGACGGCCAACUCGAUGACCAGCGAGAUGAUCGGACUGGCAGUGAGAAAAGCCUGCGACACCCUGAACACGCGACUGGCUCCGGUGAAGGAAAGGCUCGGACCUCGGGCCACCUGGGUGCAGGUGCUCCAAGCGGCCUUUUUGCAGUCCGUCUUCCUCAUCGCCACGGAAUCUUAUCGGUUGGGGGAUAUACCCAACUACAACAUCUACGGGCUGGGUCUCACCGAACUGGAACUGGACAUUCUGACUGGCAACCAUCUGAUCCGCCGUGUGGACAUCCUAGAGGAUGCUGGAGAGAGCCUGAGUCCACACAUCGAUGUGGGUCAAGUGGAGGGAGCCUUUGUGAUGGGCUUGGGGUACUAUCUCACCGAGCAGCUGGUUUACGAUCGCCAGACAGGUCAGAUCCUGACGAACCGCACCUGGAACUACCACCCGCCGGGAGCCAAGGACAUCCCGAUAGACUUUCGCAUCGAGCUGCUCCAGAAGAGUCCCAACCCGGUGGGCUUCAUGCGGUCCAAGGCCACGGGUGAGCCCGCUUUGUGUCUGGCUGUCGGAGCUCUGUUCGCCAUGCAACACGCCAUCCAGUCGGCCAGAAACGAUGCGGGUCUUCCGAGGGAGUGGGUUCGCUUGGGGGCACCUACGACGCUGGAGACGGUCGUCCUUAACUCCGGAAGCCAGGUGGAAGCAUUCGCCUUGCAAUGAAAGGAAGUUCUGGUUUAGAUUUUUCCCAUUUUUCCUUGGUGCACUGCUACUACCCCAACUAUUUAUAAAAAUAAUGUAAUU